AUGCGUUACACUCAGAUUCUUGGCAGUGCUGCUGCACUUGGCGGUUAUGCUCUUGCUCAAGAAGGUGAGGCACAGUCUACUGUUGUCUACGAUUCAGAAACGAAGAUCAGUUAUACGUCGUACACGGAGCCAGAAACAGGGAUGUCAUUUGGUGUUGCUCUUCCAAAGAAUGUUACGGACCCGUAUGAUGCCAUCAUUAGGAUCACCGCACCGAUCGCCAGCCAAUGGGUCGGUUUCUCAUGGGGAGGUACUAUGGUCUGGAACCCGUUGAGCGUUGCUUGGCCUAAUGGCCAAUCUGGGACUAUCUCUGCUCGCUUCGCUUUCAGUAUUGGCUUGCCGCAGGGGUACGAUGGAGCCGAGCAUACAUACCUCAAAGGCACAAAAACAAACGCAACGCACUGGACAGUCAAUGCGCUAUGCAAAGGCUGCACUGGAUGGCAAAACAGCGAAGACACAAGAUAUGCGCUCAACGGUACCAGUACAACAGAGUUCGCCUGGGCUUACGGUGUCUCUUCGGUCGAGGAUUCUGCCCGAAACGAUUCCGCUUUCAACGUCCACCAGGCCUGGGGGAAAUGGAUCCACAACCUAGACGCUGCUCGCAUCGAUGAUUUCGAUUCUUUGGUCAAGACUAACCUGCUGACGGCGCCUGUAGCCACACCUUCCGCUGCUCCGACCACUGUCGUGACAAGCGUCGUACCGUCUGCGUCUGCGACGUUAAAGCCAGCAGCGCCUGCUGCCAUCCCAGCCUCGUGUUCUGGCGCUGGCAACCCUGCAUUCCAGGGCAGUCUUGCGGCUGGAUGGAAGGCCACAAAGAUUGCGGGAGGCUUGACCAGCCCUCGCAGCAUUCAAUUUGACAGUGCUGGGAAUAUGUUGGUCGUUCAAUCUGGCAAGGGUAUCUCGUACCAUAAGAUGGGCUCAGACGGCUGCAUCACUUCCACCAAGAUGCUGGUCUCGCAGAACAACCUGAACCAUGGUAUCGCAAUGAGUCCUGACGGCAAGACGCUGUAUGCGAGCUCCAUGACUCAAGCUUAUUCUUGGCCAUACGAUGCCGCUGCGGGUACACUGGGUACUAGAGCGACUAUCGUCACCGGCAUGUACAAUGGCGGCUCCCAUCUGACUCGUACUCUUGCCAUUGCGCCACAGAACCCGAACUUGCUGGUGGUCUCCCAUGGAUCCAACGCAAAUAUUGACUCUGCUACGUCGGAUCCCAAGACUGGCCGCGCCAUCAUCAAGGUGUUCGACUUGUCAAAGGUCCCUAGCGGAGGGUAUAACUAUGUGUCUGGCGGAUACAACGCUGGAUAUGGACAACGUAAUGACGUAGGAAUCUGCUUUGAUAAGAACAACAUGCUUUGGGGCGUAGAGAACAGCGGCGACGACUUCAAGCGCAACGGAAAAGACAUACACCAAGACAACCCCGGCGAGAAGAUCCACUAUAUGGGAGACGUCACCAAACCCAAUGAAAACUGGUACGGCUAUCCAUCCUGCUUUACGGUCUGGAAACCCAGUGACUUCACCGACAAGACAUUCAAAGUCGGCGACUUCUUCGUCCAACAACCAAGCACGAGCAUGAACGAUGACACCUGCGUUCAAAAGGCUACACCUCCCAAGCUGACGUUAUUCCCGCACUCCGCACCCAUCGAUUGCAAGUUCGAUGCCGACAGCACCACCAUGUACAUCACUUACCACGGUAGCUGGAACCGCAAUCCCGUUACCGGUUUCAAGCUUGUCGCCGUGCAAUUUAAAGUCGGUACUGAUGGGAAUUAUACGCCAGUUGAGCCUUUGACUAGUACUACAGCUGCCAAGGACAUCUUCUACAAUCCGGCUGUGGAGAAGUGCCAGGGCAAUGGACCAAGUUUUAGCUCGGGUUGCUUCAGACCUGCAGGUUUGGCUUGGGAUUCCCAGGGAAGGCUGUUCAUGACGAGUGAUACGAGCAGCAACGGAGAGCUUUGGGUGUUGGGUAAGUCGUAGAAAACGAGGCGUGGCAUCAGGUUUGUGGGUGUCCAGUGGGCGUCUCUGGGGAGAAGACGGUUUGUGUAUACAAUUACCUAUACAGAACAACAUUACGGUCGUUUCUACUUUCUCAUUUUGUGCUCAUGUUAGCCGCUAUUUUUCCAGACUUCGUAUGCUGAAGAUGGUAUUUGCGAAGCAAAAGAAGCUAGACGGUAAAAGAGAGAGCGCAUGUCCUAGCAUCAAUUUGAAAUACGACCUUGUCGUAUACGUGAGGAAAGAGAGAGAGUGGCGUCCUGAAAACGAGGGACUGCCAGUACCAUCUAAGCGUAGUAUGAGUGAGCGU